UUCCACUCAUUAGUUUGCUCGAUAUCUCGACUCGAAUCGCUUUUCAACUUCCCAUAUUUUCAGUUUGCUGUCUUGUUUUCGCCUUGUGAAGUGCUGCGGAUUUGCUGUCGAGUUAGCCAUGGCGAUUUGUUGUUGCUCAGAGUUUGCAUGCCUGCAGCCAUCACCAAACGGACGCGGCAGCGAACACAAGCCACAAGACCACCGACACCAACACCGCAGCCGACGCCUCACAAAAUCCUGUGGCGAACAACAUAUUCUUAAAAGAAGAUGUUCCAAUAGACGCCAAGAACAAGACAGUUACCACCGUGGUUGGCGAGCUGCCCAUAUCGCCGUUGAUGGACCCGUCGUUCCACGAGGCAAGGGGCAAGUUCAGGAAGCGCAAGCCCACGGCACCGCAGUUUAAGCCGACCAAGUUUCAAAAGCAGUUAGCCCGCAACCCCUUCGCCAAGGCCCUGGCGACACCGGUGCGGAGGUGUCCCAUCACCAACACGGUCCUACCCAGAUUCUUACUCCAGCGCUUUCGUCUCGUGUCACACCCGGAGACGGGAAGACCGUGGUUCACGCCCGCUGAUCUUUCCCCGAAGGGCCCGGCGACGGGCCAAGCUCCCGUGCCUGACGUCUCACCGGAGCGUGCGACUGCGCCUGGACCGGCCAAAGAACUGCCCCAAGAGACGCUCCGAGGACUCGAACAGAAACAGGAUGGUGCUUCUUCCGGGUCAGAGCCGGAAAUCCCAGCACAGCUGCCCCAGCAGGAUUUGCAAGCAGGAGCGAGUACUGCCGAGCAGGCCCCAGUGGCCCGAAGGCCCACAAAAACAGGACCCUCAGCAUACGUCCUCUCGCGUCAAACGUUGUUUCGGGAGCUCCAGCACCGGAAAUCGGUGUACUUCGGGGCUUUUCAGAAGCUCUUCCGCAUGUCCGACCACGGGCGCUCGCAUCUCACGGCGGCGCUGAACAGCGCCAACUGGCGCAGCGAUAUGGACGCCGUGCUGCUGGAGCUGAUGCGCCGGCGCAUCUCCGAGGGCCUGCUCCACUUCGCGAGGCUGGUGCUGGAGCAAGACCGCAAGUACAUCGUCAAGUGCGAGCGCUGGGACGACGCGAAGGCGCUCAAGCACAGGGGCUGUCUACUGUUUCUGGGCCCGCCGAAGGGAACCGCUGCGUCUCCGGACUCCGAGUCGAGCUCCCCCGAGUAUGUGCCGCCAAGGCUGUCGACGAUGGACGUUGGGCCUGCCCGGUACGGGUCGAUUAUUGCGGUCCACAAUCUGUGCGUGCUUUUGGGCGAGGAGCACGUUGCCCGGCUACGACAGGAGUCUAAGCUUUUCCGGGACGGAUGGCUGUUCAUGCUGGGCAGGCAGGCCACGGUCAACCUGCAAAUGCUGUUGUGGAAACUGCAGGGCUACAUGGCCUGGGAUGAGCCGCAGGAGACAGCGUCUUCGGACGAGUCGACGUAGAGGCCGUCGACGUUUUCAGCGCGACCCAAGCUGGCCGAGCCGCUGUCGAUAAGACAUCGAGCAGUACCGGGUCGCAGGUCGAGCCAGCCAACUCACUAUGUGGAGUGAAAAAGGCUCCCGGAUGCGACAGGCAUCUGCGAGUCACUUCCGAGGCUGUAACUGACCAGCGA